AUGGCCAACCUUAGAAUUUUUGUCCCCGUGCUACUUCUUGCUGUUUUCAUUAAAGAAGGUGAACCUGUACGCUGUUGGACAUGUUCUUCCGACCUGAACCCCGCUUGCAACGAUCCCUUCGUUCCUGGCAGACCGGAUUUCCAAUAUGUCUUACGCCUAGAGAACUGUGACUCAAAUAGUGGAGCCACAUACCCUUACCUGGCAUCGUCUAAGUCUGUUUGCAAGAAGCAGAAGAAAUUCAUCAACGGCCAAAUGGUCGUCAGUCGUGGCUGCUCAUGGAAACGUCAAGACGACUACAGCUACCAGUGCCCAAGUUACUCCAACGGUCCGAAUGAAAUCACCUCGUUCUGUGAAACCUGCGAUUACGAUGGUUGUAAUGGAGCCGCUGCAGUCGGCAAAACCAUUGCUCUGUUAGCGGCUCCCUUGACGCUGCUCCUCUUCAAGUAA